GAUCCCGAGCGCGACAGCGGAAGUGCUCAGCCAGCUCCACUUCACUCACAUUUAAUAUCAUAUAUAUAUAUAUAUAUAUAUAUUUACCACAUACAGCUGAUGAGGACUCAUCUGCAGAGAAUAUAUUUAGAGUGAUGGCGGCGGAGAGAGGAGGAGAUAUCGUCUCUGAGUUUCUCAGUCAGAAUCCACACCUGGAGAACUGGGUUGAAUCUUUAAGAGGAGCCUGUGAGACAAACAAACAGUGGCAUGCUAGAAGAGAGUUUGUCCUGCGCAAUAUGGAGGUCUUUACUACCAUCCAACCUGGGAUCCCAAGUUCUAGUUUGGACAAACUUCUGUCUCUGUCCAUGGUUUGGGCCAACCACGUGUUUUUGGGCUGUCGGUAUCCACAGCCUGUAAUGGACAAGGUAAAUGAGAUGGCAGAAGGAAUCACUGUGAUUGAGGCCCCUGUGCGAAAGACACGAGAUGAAAUCAUGGGAAAAACAAAAAGACCUGCAGUUUCAGCAGUGGAAGCUGAUUACCAGAGUAAGAAGGCUAAACCCAAUGAUACAGAUGUUAAAGCUCAUGCGAAGAGCGUUGGGCAUCCAGCUGCCAGUGCUCUGAAAUCGGGCCCUCCGCCGGGGGCUCCUGCAGAACACCAGCCCUUUUUUAAUCGACUCUAUAAGGCAGUUGCUUGGAAGCUUGUGUCUGCUGGUGGCUUUGGCCCCAACCUGGAACACUUUGAAAUCUUGCGCAGUUGUGUGGAGUCAUGCAAGGCCAGUCUUACCUGUGUGUUUGUUCCACUCAAAGACAUUCCUGACCUGCCUACGGGACGUACCCAGAAAGAAGGACAGGUUUGUGAACUGCGCUGCUGCACCGUCUACAUGGGUACGGGCUACGGCCGUGAUGAGGUUGCCGCCAGAGCAAUGGCGUCCAAAGAAGCUCUCAAAGUGUUUCAAGGGCAAAAAGUGACAGUGAAAGUUUGCCGCCGCAGAUUCAGAGGACAAGACGCUGACGAUUUGGUUCUGCUGGAUGAACAGUCCAGGAACCAGGUUUUCCCUCCAGCUCUCAGCUACCCCUUUCAGGAAGACCAGUAGAGCUUCAUUCUGCCGCGGUGAUAUAAAGUUGUAGAUUCAGUUGUGGCAACCAUGAAGAUGUUUUUCACUGCAGUUCCAAAGAGUUUCAUUUGUUCCGAUUUCAGUUAUUCUCAUUCAGAAUGUCACUAUGGGGGAAGACUGGGAGGUUUAUAGUUGUUUGUAAAAGUGAUUACGAAAAAAAGUAGUUUUGUGCCUUGUAAAAUGCUUAAGCUGUUGCUUUAGAGUCUUGUUUGUGGUUUUGAGGUUUAGAUGGUUUAGAUCUUCAUGGUUGUUGAACAUCCAUAACUGUGGAUAUAGUUCAGUCCGACCUUGAAAAAUGUUUGUGGUUUCAAACGCUGCUAUUUGAAUUGAGAAAAAAAAUGUCAAUAACUUUUGUUUUAUUUAUUUCUAAAGCAUUACAUUGAGAAUAUACAGUGUGCAGUUGACAGUGGCUGGAUUUGUCCAUGUCCAAUUAAUAAAUCUUGGAUUAAUACAUGAAUGAUAACACGAUUGUAAUGGUUAGACUCAGUUUUGAUUGUUAAAAGAAAAAAUUACAGUAAAUAAUAGUACAGUCAUAAUAAUACAGUAAUGUUAGCUUGAUAUCUAAAUUUCCUGACACUCUGUUUUUUAAAUAUUUUUCCCUUGCUUCACAUGUAUUGGACAGUUUUUCUUUAUUAAUACAUGUCAUAACCACUUUCUUGGUCAUACACUGUUGAUAAUGUUGUUGCUGUUGUUGUGGACCUUUGGGCAGAUUCUUUGAAUGUCCAGUGUAAAAUGUUCAAGCAGAAGCGUAUCAAUGAAGUGUAAGUGUUUGGUUAAAUGUAUCUCAGUCUAUGAUUCAGAAAUUGCUAGCUUUACUUGGGGUUUAACUGGGGUUAUUUUCUGAUUUCAUAAGAUGUGACAUGUUCAUCUAUCCGUACAUCUUUUGUUUGGUUUGGUAGUGACAUUUUAAAAAUAAAAAAUCUUGAAUCUCUAGAAAUCUCAAACUUGAUGGGAAGGUUCAUAAUUAGACACUAUAUGGCACAAUUGCUUUUGAGUUCAUAACUCUGUGACUAAGGGCUAUAAUCAAAAGAUUC